GAAGCAUGAGUGGGAUAAACAUGGCACUUGCGCAGCCACGCUUCAGGUCCUUAAUUCUCAGAAGAAAUACUUUGGCAAAGCCUUAGAACUCUACCAGCAUGUUGAUCUUAACAGUUGUCUCCUGAAAGCCGGGAUAAAGCCAAGCAGUUCAUAUUACCAGAUGACUGCUAUAAAGGAAACUCUUACAAGAUUUUAUGGUGUAACACCAAAGAUCCAGUGUCUUCCUCCAGAAGAGGGUGAAAAAGCACAAACAAUUGGUCAGAUUGAAUUCUGUUUCACCAAAGAACUGCAGCUGAGAAACUGCACGGCGCUGAAGGGUGAAUCCGACCAAAUGCAGGCUGACUUGAAGCUUGGAACUGAGGAGUUGUCUGUCUGCAAUGAUACUCUUCCAACCUAUUAUCCUUCACAGGUCCAAGAUCACAAAUGA